AUGAAUUUGCUCAUCUCUGCUUUCCUGCUUCUCGUUAUUCUUGGUGCAAGCCCGGGCACCAACUCUCGUGCUCAAAUGUUGAGGAAGCAGGACGUCGUCCUUCAAAUCGUGAUACCUUACCAAGCUUCCGCGGAAAACAAGUACGAGACAACCCAUGCAAAUGCUAAACAGACCAUCAAACAUGGCCGAGAACUAGAGUAUAACAACCUUCGGCGUAGAUUUGCAAUAAAUACCUGGUUAAAUUUCACUGAUACGGAAUCACCGAGGGAGAUUUUGAAUCUGUUCUGUAAGGAGAUUUUCACGAGGCAUGUGAACACCAUUCUGAGCUUGAACUAUGGUUUAGACACGGCUUCCUCCAACAAUUACAUUCUUAAACUGGCGGAGCAUCUUGGCUACCCCGUCAUCAGUUGGGACCCGAACUACCCCGGGGCACUGCAGAAUGACCGGCAUUCUCGGGUGUUGCAGAUAGCCCCUACCAUCACCCACCAAUGUGAGGGGAUGCAUCGCAUCUUGAGGCGAUACAAUUGGACCGAGUUUGCCAUUGUGACCACCAAACUAAGCAGUAGUGAUGAUUUCAUCAGCUGUAUGCGAGACAUGGUAAAGCGAACCAGUGUGACUCAGGGAUACGUUUCCACUGCGAAGUACACUAUCAAAGCCACGGUACAGAUUGAUAUUGAUGACUUCGACGAUUCAGAAUACAAACUCGCUGUUAUUCGACAUGAUCUGAAAAUCAUCGAAAGGACGGUAUCAAGAGUCAUCAUACUUCAUGCAGGUUCAUACGACGCUCUGGACAUUUUGGACGUUGCCCAACGGAUGAACCUUACCGCCCGGAAGUUCAUGUGGCUGCUCACGUCCUCUAGUAUGGGCGCCCGUGUAGGAACGAUGACAACCUUUCCGGUCGGACUGCUUGGCAUCCUUUACAACAGCUCACAGGAAGUCAUUGAGAGUGCAAUGGAGACGUCCGUCCGUCUAUGGGCUCUGGGGCUCGAGCAGCUAGCCCGUGACGACGUCUCGCUUAGCCAGAUCAACAUCUACCCGGAAAACACGUGCACCGCUACCAAGCUUGGAUACUGGCGGGACGGAGAUCGGCUGUACAGGGCCAUUAAGAACGUGACGAUGGAUGAUCCGCCAGUGUCAUUUAGCGAUAACGGCGUGAUUGAAAACGUUGAGCUGAAAAUCUACAAUGUAAGACCACACUCGAACCCGCGCUACGCCCGCAGAGGAAGGAACAUGUGGACCUCUGUUGGCAACAUCGUCCCGUUGAAGGUAGGCCACAUAACACAAAUGACAAUCCAAAUGGAUGAAGUGGUGUGGCCGGGUGGCGCGGUCUCUCCGCCCCUUGGCAAGCCAGAAAAGCGAUUCUUUCGUAUCGUGACUUUUAAAGAAGAGCCGUAUAUCAAUUAUUUGUCACCGGACCUGGGGACUGGCCAGUGCACCCACCAUGCGGUGCCCUGCAAACUCGGCCCAAACCCGCCGUCGGACGAUCCUCAUAUAUAUGACAACGCUACGAUAGACCCGAAGUCUGGCCUGGUAAACUUCUGCUGCUCAGGUCUAAGUGUGGACCUGCUUCAGAUUCUUAGCGAGAAGAUGAACUUCGAGUACGAGAUGUACGAAGUGCCUGACCAAAACUGGGGAAUUAAAGACGAGAAUGGCGAGUGGUCAGGUCUGGUCAAGGAGAUGAUCGAAAAGAAGGCAGACAUGGUGAUUACGUCCAUCAAGAUCAACCACCAGCGGGCCACUGCCAUGGAGUUCUCCACCCCCUUCCUUGAGACCGGCAUUACAAUCCUCGUGGCACUCCGCAAGGGAGCAAUCUCUGCCACCGCUUUUCUCGAACCGUAUGAUUAUCCUUCCUGGUGCCUCAUUCUUGUGUUUAGCGUACACGCUACGGGUGCUUCCAUAUUCAUAUUUGAAUGGCUGAGUCCCAGCGGCUUGGAUAAAGGGAGGCGAUCUUUGCGAGAACACAAGUUCUCGCUGUUCCGCUCAUUCUGGCUGAUCUGGGCCAUGUUGUUCGGUGCGUCUGUAUCCACGGACAACCCUCGGGGCGUCUCCUCCAGAUUCCUGGCCAAUGUAUGGGCGCUCUUUGCCCUUGUCUUUCUUGCCAGCUAUACAGCCAAUUUGGCGGCCUUUAUGAUCACAAUUGACGAAUAUUUUGACCUUAGUGGCAUUCAAGAUUGGAGGCUUAUGAACCCGACCGCAGUUUCCCCUCACUUUAAAUUCGCUACAGUGCCAGGCGGGAGCACCGAGGACAAUAUUCGCAUGAAUUAUCCAAGAAUGCAUAAAUAUAUGAAGAAGUAUAAUAAAACGAGCGUCCCCAUAGGUAUAAGAGCUCUCAAAGUAGGUGAGAUUGAUGCGUUUAUUUACGACGCCACUGUGCUUGAGUACAAUGCAGGAAAGGACACCGAGUGUGAUCUUUUAACUGUCGGAAAGUGGUAUGCUAUGACCGGGUACGGGGUCGGAUUUCCCAAGAACUCACCACAUGUGGAUGAAGUCAAUAAAAUUAUACUGGACCUGCAACGAAACGGUGAACUGGACAGAUUACAGAAAUUCUGGUUAGCCGGUGCGUGUCAUGCUAAAAAAGACAAGAAAGAUAAGGCCAGUCGGGAAAUUGGAAUUCCAAACUUUACCAGUGCUUUCAUUUUAUUGGCCACUGGAGUUACAUUGGCCACGAUAUUGAUGCUUUUAGAGCAUUGUUAUUUCAAAUUUGGCAGGCGAUGCCUGAAGAAAUAUGACAAGACCGGUUGUUGUGCCCUUGUCAGCCUGAGCAUGGGGAAGUCGUUGACGUUCGAGCAGUCUGUAAUGGAUGCUAUCGACUUUCACAAGAAGCACAGGUGUAAAGACCCGCUGUGUGAAACCCAGCUGUGGAAGGCCAGACAUGAACUUGACAUCGCCCUGGUCAAUCUUGAAAGAAUAAAAGAGGAGCUGAGUCAUGUUCACAGCGGGGAACGAAACUUAAUCAGCGCACCAGUAGGUCACGAAACUAAACCACGGGAGCAAAAUGGUAAAUCAGUCACGCAAAUGAAGGAUUGCAAUUCCGAGUCACACUAUGAAACUCCAGACAGUCUACGACAAAGGAUUGUGAAUAAUGUGUCUGUAGACCCAUUUGCGUCGGAUAAUCGUAGACAAAGGGGUGUUAACCCACAAAAUUCCAAACCUUCUGAAAAUAAAGUAUUAGAGUUAUCAGACUUGGACAAAAAGCGCCAGCAAUUUCGGCGUUCGCCAAGUUACACAAAUGCAAUUUCAGUUGAUAGUGACAAAAAAGAGGAAAAUGAUUCUGCAAAAACAAUAUCUCCUCCGCUCUCCAAUAUGGAAAUAAAUAGUCCCAAACGCUGCAAUUCUUACUCUCAGGCAGUAGAGCAUUCCCCAGUCUUGGAUCGGAGAGAUAAUGAUAGGAGAAAUACAAAAACUAAAUACUUUGAUGGAAAAUACUAUGUCGGAGUUUCAAAUAAAACGGAUGACAGUGCAUUGUGAUUGAGUGCAGUUCUUUUGAAUUGAAUGAAAACCAUAAUAUUACCAUAUUCCGUUGAUAUAGUUGACCCGUGGCCUAUGAUAUUAUUAUAUUUAGGGAAAGGAGGUCUUAAUUUUUUAUGAGAUUUCUUUUUUAAAGUAUAAUUGGAAUUAUUCGAUAGUGAAUAGUUUUAGAUGAAUGUUUUAACUACUCCAUGAGGAUAUGGAACAAACAAAUCCGUCGCUAGUGUUUAAAUAUGUAAUGUUUCUGAAAUACCUUUAAAUAAAAUGUAUGUCUUUCUUAUUCAGCAAAACGGCUAUUUGGACCUAGCUUUCCGUCCUUUUUUAUGUGGUGAUAAACUGGCGAAUGUUUUAAAUACUGUACAUCUUUGUCUUUAUCGUUAUGGGGUUAACAUGUGUAUUCAUAUCAACUGAAUGUUUCAGUAUGCAUUAAACUGACAUAGAUCAUCGUCUUUACCACCUGUUGUCAUAGAAACGUCAUAGAUUAGCUCAAAUUCAUAAAUUAUCAUAACGUUUGUUUUGUAUAUGAUAUUAUAUAUAUGUAGAAACAUUGUUUUUCACAUAUUUGUACAUAAAUUGAAUUAUCUAGAACAGAUGAAAAAGAUGACUGUGUUACUUUCAAUCGAGCAAAAUGCAAAAACAAUGUUUAACUAUAAAGGAACGUACAUAUUUAACAUUUUUUAAGAGAAGGAGGUGUGUGUGUAGUACAAGAUGAAAGAGAAACUACCGGUAGACUAGAUUAAAUGUUAUAUCAUUCGUUAUUAUUAUCUAUUUACAUGUAUAUAUCAAUCAUAUAUAGAUCACAAUAUGUCAAUAAUACGAAACAUAAGUAUAAAACAGACGAAUACUCCGCAUUGUUUUUAUGUGUUAUCACUCAUAAAAUAAAUAUUUAUUAUAGAGAAA